AUGGCCAUCACCUGGAACGCUGAAGCUGACGCCAAGCUCCUCGUUGGCAUAAUUGCUACUAGCAAUUCGUCCAUCGACUUUGAAAAAGUCGCCGAAUUCAUGGGCCAGGGCAAGUAUUCUCCUAUAUUUCUUUCCAAACAAACCUCGAUUCGUGUCAUUCUUGCAAAGACAGACUGCACCGUGAGUGCGCUUAAGCACAGGGUUCAGCGGAUUAAGGAAAAAGCCGGUCUCGCGAACUCGAAGGGUGCCACCCCAAAGUCGCUAUCUACCCCUAAGACAAAGCGAUCUACUUCCAUGAAGGCAGCCAAGAGCACCCCCAAGCGCAAGUCCGCCCUCACCAAGGGCGAACAGAUCGAUGAGAAGAUCAAGCCUGAGAAGUUGGACCAUGAUGAUUAUCUUGCAUAA